AUGCAAUACCUCCCCUGGGCCGCUUUCUCUGCGCUCAGGACGCAUGCUCUGUGUCAAGGACGGUACCGAACAUUUGUUGCAGCCGUCGUUUUCGCUCUCUCUGUGGUGCCCCUCGUCAUGAACAUGAUCGCCAACCUGCAUUUCAUGCACUACGUUGAGGGUCCUGGACAUGCGUUCAUCUCCUUGACGACACUGACAAAGAACGUAGGUCCCCACCUCACUGGACCCGUGAUUUCCCGCACGACUCCUGCCAACAUCGCGAUGUUCACAGAGACCCUCAAAGUGCACCGGCGUUCGGAGGCAGGUGGCCAGAACAAACGAACCUUCGCGGGCACCCUUCUCCGAGACGGUACCAUCUAUUUCGCGACGCUGCUGAUCCUGAACAUCCUCCACAUCGCCUUCACCGUUGGAUCGGUUGCUCCUGCCGCGUUCACCGCGACGAGCGUCAUACCCGACUUCGAGGAACCGCUGACAGCCAUCCUCACCUCGAGGUUCCUCAUCAACCUGCAGGAGGUCAAACAGAAGCUCUCCGGUUCAUCUCGUUCGAUGUCCACCAGCGAUCUCGCGUUCCGAUCGGAUGCGCCCGGAGGCGUCCCUGGGUCCACCUUCGGGGCUCAGCUCGUGUUUCCAGGCGAUGAUGCCGAAGAGUCGGAGCAUGAAGGUUGA